UUGAAAACUGAAGUACUGUUUUCCGUUUACUGUGUAGGUAGACGUUGAUAGCAAAUUUCAAUGUUUGCCAGAUUUUAUUUAUUAUUAAAAAGUUAAUUUUGUUUAAGUUUAAUUUAUAAUUUGAAAAGUAUGUAUUUAUUAUAUUAUUUGUUUUUCUUUAAUUUCAUUUUGAUGGACAUUAGGUCAAUAUAAGUAUUUAGUAGUUUUAAAAUUUGAUAUUUCGUGUAUGUACUUGCUACCAAUUGCUGCAACAAUUAUUAUUUCUAAUAAUCUUUUAUGAAAGAAGUUUUUUUUAUCCAAUGAAUGAUGGUCAAUAUACCCACAUAGUCAUUUAAUAUUUUGUGUUGUAAAUGUAUAAUCUUUACUUAUGAAAUUAAAUUACUGCUAUUGGUUAAAUUUUUUUUGCUUCAUGAUAAUUAUAUAAUUGAUAUCUCAUGUACCUAUUUUAAACAGACAAUUGAACAGUCCCUACUAUAAGAACUAUGGAUGACUUCGGUGAUGAUUUAUUUGAUGAGUUUGAAAAGCCUUCUGCCAGUUCUUUUUUUGUUGGAGUUCAAAAAUCAGAUGACAGUCAACAAAAUUCUGAAGAAAAGUAUGUUAAAGAUAAAAAAAAAAAAAUUUAGUAUUUUAGUGUAUUUCACAUGUUUACAAGAUAGCUAUUUGAUUAAGUACCUAUUUUACAAUGUUAAUAGCAAUUUAAAAAUUUAUCAGGACUCUUGUGACAAUUUAAAUAAUUGUAGACAACAUUGAGUUCUAGUCAGGAUUGUAAGAAAAUAAUAGGUUUUUAUUUUUGUAAAUACUAUGUUAUAUUAAUAGUUAUAGUUGUGGACAUGAAAAAUGAGUGUUGUCUGUCAUGUGGCAAGCAGCAGUUAUUGGAAGUUGUAGUGAUUUUAGUAGUUUUUUUGUUAUCAAAUUAUAAAAUGACAACACAGAUUGUAAUGAAAAUGUACAACAGUAUAUAUUGAAUACCACCUGUUGGCUACCUGGUCAAAGUUGUUUUAUUCUUGCUGUAAAUACUAUUUUAGUUUCGUAACGGCAGCGUGCCAGUAAAUAGUUAAGAACCAGUUGUUCCAACAGUGUGUAUGCAUAAUGGGGCGUGGGAGCCAGCGCUAAGUUUUUAUGUACGCAAAGCGAUUAUAAUUAUAAAUUAAUAUAAACUUAAGUUAUUUAUAAAUAAAAUUUCAUCAUAAUUAUUUAAGAACAAAAUAUCAAUUGAAAAAAACGUCUUUAUCCUAAAAUAAUAGGAAUUGUUUAUUUUGAUUUAUAUUUUAAUAAUGAAUAGGAACUAUAAAUAUGUCAACUCUUCAAAAUACAUUACUUAUUUUAAUUUAAUUUUUUAACGUUUUUGAACAUAAAUGUAUACAACUUUUUAAGCAGGAAUUUAAAUAAAACCUUUUUAACAAGUGUUUUCAAUGUUUCACAACCCUGGUUCUAGUUGUGGAAGAAUACAAUUUCAAAUCUUAUUAUGUUAAUAUUAUUUUUAUUUCAUUUUAGAUCCAUAAAACGAUCAUUACAGUUGUCUAACGCUGAAGAUUAUAAUAAAAAAAGGCCAAAAAAUUCAGAUAAGCUUUCUGUUUUAGAAGAGUAAGUGUAAUUUAUUAAUGCUUGUUUUAGAUGUUUAUUUAAAGGUUUGUAAUAUUCUAUUUAAAAGAAUAUAAUACAUAUAUAUAUAUGGUGUCCCAUGGAGAUUUUGCGAAUGCAAUAACUUUUGUUUAUUAUUUUUUUUAUAUAAUUACUAAAGCUUUCUGUAAUUUUUCUAAGUUAUUAAUGAUUAUUGUAAACUUCAAAAAUUUUUUAGAAACUUGACGAUUCUUAAAUAUCAUUAGCAAAAACUUGUAAUAUAAAAAUUCUGUUUUAAAAUAUAUGUAUUUUUAAAAUAGUUAUUUUGGAUUCUGUAAAAACAGUCAUACAAAUAUAAGCCUUUUAUUUUUAGUUUUAAAAAAUAUAAAAUUAUAGUUCACGGCUUUAUUGAUUAAAAAUUAUUACAUAUAUAUUUAAAAAAAAAUUAAAUACAUUGAACAGAACAAAAGUUAUGGCAUUUGUCAAAUUUUCGUGUGAGACCCUAAAUUAAUUAAAUUAUGUACUGAUAAAUAGAUAAUAAAAAUUUGUUAAGUUUAAGUGUAUAUAUAUAUAUAUAUAUAUAUAUAUAUAUAUAUAUACAAGGUAACCUACAAAAAAGUCUUUAAAAAACUAUUGGUAAUAUCAUUACUUUCUUUGUCUUAAUUAUAAUUAUUUAAAUAUUAUUUCUAAAAAUAAAACAACCGUGGUAAUUGCAUUAAAAUGUUUAAUUUUAGACCCAUAAUUCAAUCAUUACAACUAUCGGAAGAUGAAGCUGAUGUUUUAAAUAAAAAGUCAAAAAAUCUAGAUAAAUUUUCUGCAGUAGAGUAAGUAGAGUAAAUACUAUUUACUAUUUAUUAGAAAUAUAUACUAUAGAAAUCAUAGGAAAAGUGAAUAAUGAUUGCUUAAAAAAAUAAAUUAUACAAAUACAAAUCUGUUUAAUGGUUAAAAUACUGUUUAUAUUGUAGGUAAAAAAAGUUUUUUAUAUUCAAUUUAAAAGUAAAAUUUUAUGUAAUUAAUAAUUUAGUGUCAUUCUUGUUAUUUGUUUUUGGAUUUUUAAAAUGCAUAUGUUUAUUGAAUAUUUUGUUGUAUAUAGGUUUUGAAACUUAUAGCAUUUUUUUAUUUUAGAUUCGGAGUGGAGCGAAGGAUUUGUUGGUUUUACCAUGCAUGUUUUUUCCGUCUGUAAUUAACUUAAUAGAAAACUUGUUGAUACUGAUGUACCUUUUUCUUAAAAGGAAAUAUUAUUAAGUUUAUGCAUUUUCAAGGUCAUUUUUUGAUUUUCCAAGAGGUUCUCAUUAUAUUUGGGAAAACCAAAUUAUAGGAAUGGAAAAUGUUAAUGAUGUUACCUAUUUCUUUGUUUUACAUUUUUACACACUAUGUUUUCUACUAGAAAUAUUGUUUUAAUCAACAAAUAUCAAAAGACUUGUUGCAUUUUGAAUCUACUUGCUUAUGAACUGGAUCAUUUUUUGAUUUUUCAAGCAGUUUUCAUAAUAGUUGGGAAAGCCAUAAAAAAAACUUGAUUUUGCUUUGUGUAAUAUUUGUAUGUGCUCAUUUUAGCAUUUAAAGGUUAGAUUAAACUAUUUAAGUGCCUAUACGUUUUUUAGUCCUUUUUUGUUAGCUUUAAAUGCUAUAAGUUCGAAACCCUGAUCAUAUGUAUUGUUUAUAGUACAUAAUAAAUUGUAUCUUCUUCAUGUCUUUAAUCCCGAGAUUGGUUUGUAGCAAUGAUCCAUUAUUCUCCAUAUUUUAUCUAUACAAUUUAAAUUAUUUCAGUCUUGAGAUAGCAGCUCCCAGGAUAAAAAUUUGUGCUGUAGAAUCUCUUGAUGGGGAAUCAUGUAUACACGAAGUAGCUCUUCCAUUUAAUUUUGAUUAUACAUCAUUAAAUCGAGUAUUUACUAAAAAACCAGCCAAAGUCUACGAUUUUGAGUUAGAUCCUUUUCAGAAAGAAGCAGUUAUUUGUAUUGAAAAUAAUCAAACUGUUCUUGUAUCAGCCCAUACAUCUGCUGGCAAAACUGUAGUUGCUGAGUAAGUUUAUACAACAAUGUUACUUAUUAGUUAUUAAUAUUUCUAGGUUAACUUAACCAAAUUAUUAUUUGUAUUAUUAUUAUUAUAGAUAUGCCAUAGCUCUGUCUUUAAGGGAUUCAAAACGUGUGAUUUAUACAACUCCUAUAAAAGCUUUGAGCAAUCAAAAAUACAGAGAAUUCCACGAAGAGUUUGGCGAUGUUGGACUUAUUACGGGUGAUGUUACUAUUAACCCAUCAGCUAGUUGUCUUAUUAUGACAACUGAAGUAAAUAAUUUUUACUUAUUUAAAUUAAAUAUUAUAAUACAUUUUUAUAGAUUUUAGCAUAUUUAAUAUAGUGUAUACUUUGUUGGUAUAUGUAUUUAAAAUUUUUGAAAACUAAAUUUGUAAUGAAGGUUACUGAUGAUAACAUACAAAUUAAAUUAAAAACUAUCAAAUGUUUUUAUUAUGGUAUAUUCUGGUUUCUCUCUGCAACUAAAAUUGACAAAUUCAAUAAUUUGAUCUAUUCAAUGUUUAUUUUGUUAUCGCCCCUCCGAGCCACAUACAAAAUAUAUCACUCCUUCAUCCUUUAUUAUUAUUGUAAGAAAUAAAAAACCUGCUAAAAUGGUUGAAAAUUUAACUAAGUUACUACUUAAAAUUAACUACUUACUGUAGAGAUAAUUUGAUAUUGUGAUAUUCUGAAAUAUUCUGGGUGCCCAGUCACUGAUUAAUAACAAAAUACUCAAUACCCUAUCUAGUAUCCAACCAAUAUUCAGUAUGUAUGUAAAUUAUUACUUGGCUAAUACUAAGUACCCAACCUAAUAAUAUAUUGUAUUAUAUUGUACAAUAUAUUAAAUUAAUUUAUUUUAAAUUUGAUUAGAUUCUUCGUUCUAUGUUAUAUCGAGGUUCGGAGAUCCUAAAAGAAGUAGGAUGGGUGAUAUUUGAUGAAAUACAUUACAUGCGUGACAAAGAACGUGGUUAUGUUUGGGAAGAGACAUUAAUAUUGCUGCCAGACAAUGUGCGAUUAGUCUUUUUGUCUGCUACUAUACCAAAUGCUAGACAGUUUGCUGAAUGGGUAGCUCAUUUACAUAACCAGCCAUGCCAUGUAGUAUAUACUGAAUUCAGACCUACUCCAUUACAACAUUAUAUAUAUCCUGCUGGUGGUGAUGGUUUACAUCUUAUUGUUGAUGAAAAUGUAUGUUGAUCAGGUAAUAUUUCUAAGUGUUAAAUUUGAUUCUUCAAUUUAAAAUAAUUUUUAGAACAAAUUUCGAGAGGAAAAUUUUGCAACAGCCAUGAAUGUUUUAUCUAAUGUUACUCAACCAACCAAAAAUUGGGGACAAUCAAGUAAACCUACAGCUAAUAAUCCUGAAAAUGAAUCACAUUGUUUCAAGUUAGUUAAAAUGAUCAUGGAACGAAAUUUUGCCCCAGUUAUUGUAUUUUCAUUCAGUAAGAAAGAAUGUGAAAAUUAUGCUAUGCAAAUAGCUAAAUUAGAUUUUACUUCAGGUAAAUACAAUUAUUUAAAUAAAAUUAUAUGUACAUAUUUUUUUGGUUAUAAACUUUUUCCAUAAUGUAUGAAAGUCUUAAACUUUGCAUUUGUAUUGAUGAACUUGAUUAAACUUAUAGUUUCAUUUAUAUCUUUUAUUCCAGUUUUCUAGUUCUAUGAGCUCAGUUAUUCAUUUCUGUGUUGUAUAUCAUGUUCCUUAUAUAUUUUUGGUUUUAAUAUCUAAAAAUAAUUGUAUAUUUUCCGCCUUUCAUUUUUAUAGUUUGUAGGACCUACCAGCCAUAUUAGUCUAGCAUUGUUCUUUCUUACUAGUUCUUCCUAGUUCACUGUAUUAAAUCAGGAUUUUAUUUUGGACCUGUUUUGUUUCCCAAUCACUGCUUCUAACAUUUCUUUAGUAAUAUUUUAUAUUUUUUCAUUAGGUUUUAAUUGUUCAAAUAUUCAAAUCUAUUUCAUGAACCAAUCUUUUCAUUUUGGUUUGGAAUUCUUUACAUUAUCCUUCGUCCAUGAGAUUAGAAACCUCAUAUCUAAGAAAACUGUUUAUCUUCCAGAUGUUUCUCUUUUAGUUUUAAUAUUAAGUUAACAAAUUACUAUUAAGUGAUCCGAGUCACAAUCUGCUCCUCUAUAUUUCCUAUAAUUUCUUAUACUAUUUACAAAUAAACCAUUCACUAAUACAUGAUCAAUUUGAUUAACAUAUUGUUUCCAUGUGUGUGUCUUUAUUAAGGAAACAGUACCCUAAAUUCUAAACCCUUUUUCAGUGGCUAAAUUUAUUAGUCUCAUAUCAUUGUAAUUGAUUGUUUCACAAAAAUUAUGGCUUCUCAUUUUGACUUAAUUGCAUGUUUCUUUUUCACCCUGUUUGAUUUGUAUAUUUUUAUUAGACAUACCCUUCAAGAUACUCUCCAUGUCAGAAUAAAAUUCACCUUUUUCCUUUUGUAACUUCUCUUAGGUUUCAUAAAUAUUACAUCAAAUUACUUGGCCUCAAUUGUUAGAAUAGCCAUUUUGUGGUUUAUUAAUUUGCAUGUAUUAUGCAUUUGUAAACUGCAAAUUUUACCCCAAACUGUUAUUUUUGUUUGCAUUUGUCAAAUAACAUUAUGGUUCCUUCAUCCCUCCAAGCUAACUUCUUGUAGUACUAAUAUACAAAUUAUAUUUCAUUCUUAAAAAUUGUUAGUAUAAUUAUUUAUUUUUUCUUUAAUUAAAUAAAAUUAAUAGUUAUGUAGGUCUAAAUAUUAUUUCAUUGAAAAAUAAAUAAUAUAUAAUUUGCCUUGAAUUUAUGAGUAAUUUAAAAGAAGUAUAAUUUUGUUUAUAAUAUAAUAUCCUGUGUGUUUAAGAUGUUGAAAAAGGGUUAAUUGAUAAAUUAUUUGAAAAUGCAACAAAAGUAUUAACAGAAGAGGAUCGUAAGUUACCAGCAGUACUUAAUAUUGUACCAUUAAUACGGCGAGGCAUUGGUAUUCAUCAUGGAGGUAAAUUAGUGUUGUUACUUUAAUGGUCACAAAAAUAAUUUGUUGUUAUUUAUAUUUUAGGCCUUUUACCUAUUUUAAAAGAAACUAUUGAAAUUUUAUUUGGUGAAGGUUUAUUAAAAGUUUUAUAUGCUACUGAAACAUUUGCUAUGGGGCUAAAUAUGCCUGCUAGAACUGUAUUGUUUACUGCUUGUCGAAAAUUUGAUGGUAAAGAAAGGCGUUUUGUAAGUAAUCUGCUUAUUAUUUAGAUAUAAUUUUUCGUGAAUCUCAUCUAUUCCAAAUAAUUUCUAUAGAUAACAUCAGGCGAGUACAUACAGAUGUCUGGUCGAGCUGGUAGACGAGGUUUAGAUGAUAAAGGGAUUGUUAUGUUAAUUAUUGAUGAAAAAGUUAGUCCAGACACUGUUAGAAACAUUGUACAAGGAAAACCUGAUUCACUUAAUUCAGCAUUUCAUUUAACAUAUAAUAUGGUAUUAAAUUUAAUGCGUGUAGAAGAAAUCGAUCCAGAAUAUAUGUUAGAAAGGAGCUUUUUCCAAUUUCAAAAUCAAGCAGCUAUACCAGAAUUAGUGGAAAGUCAGUUAUCAAUAACAUUAAUUUUUUUUAAAUUUUUAAUAUCUUAUAAAAUAAUUUUAUAUAUAUAUACAGUGUGUCCCACAAUGUUCGACAGAUUUUUCUAGUUGCUAAUUAAUUUACUUCAAAUAACAUUGACUUUAACAUUUGGAAGAAUCUACUAAAAAUGUACAUCUGAAGCAUUAUGUUGCGAAACAUGGACUAUUGCAAGAGAAGAAAUGAGAAGAAUACAAGUUUUCAAAAUGUGGUACUACAGGAAGAUGAAAUAGAUAAGUUAGACUGAUAGAAUUAUUGGAAAAGGUUUCUGAAAGGAAAUCAAUAUGUAAAAGUAUACAGAAAAGACAAAAUGAAUUAAUAGGUCAUAUUUUAAGAUACGAUGGGUUGCUAUUACAAAUCUUAGAAGGAAUAAUUAAUGGAAAAUUGUAGAGGAAGAUCAAGAUUGCAAUACAUAAGUCAGAUAUAAUAGAAGAUCAAGGAUUUAAUUCUUACCAAGAGUUGAAGAGGAAGGCUAGUAAUAGAGAAACAUGGAAGUUGCCAUAAACCAAUCAUUAGAUCGGAUACUGCAGAAGAAGAAUUAAUUUCGAGCUGAUAAUAUUAAAUAUUUGUUUACUUUUUUAUUUUCAAUCAGUUAGUUUUCAAGGGGGAUAUUGAUUUGUAAAAAAAUCAAAAUUUUUAUAUUCAUCCCCUAUGUACAAAAAUAAAACUUAAUUUAUUCACUUUACAAAAUUUUUAAAAUAGCCAUUUUGUAAAAAAUAUUUUAAACAUUAUAAUGUAUCACACAUUCAUAUUCGAUGAAUAGUUUCAUAGUAAUAGCCUUUCAAUUUCUAGAAAAAAAGUGUGGAAAUAAUUAAUAUUCAAUAAGUUACUGAAUUAUGAUUAUUAUUGAAUAUUGAUUAUUUUCAAUAAAUACAAUUUUUUUUUUUUUUUGUAUUUAGGGGAUGAAAAUAAACAUUUAAUUUUUUUCCAAAUUGAUAUCCCUCUCAAAAGACAAAAUGACCAGAAAAAAAAAUUAAAAAAUAUUUAAUAAUAACUGUUCUAGAAAAAUGCAUCGAACAUAGUGGGAUACUCUGUAUAUAAGUAUAUAUAUACUGUAUUUAUAAAUAGAACACUGUGUUAAUUUGUAAACCAAUUAAUUUUUUUAAAUUUUUGUAGAAGUAAAAGCGUUAUCAGCUGAAAAAACCAAAAUAAAAAUACAUAAUGAAUUUGACAUCAGAUCGUAUUUUCUAAUUCGUCAACAAUUGGAAGAUUUAGCUAAGCGAUAUCGUACAUUUAUAACAAAACCAAACAUUUUGAUUCCUUUUUGUAAUCCUGGAAGACUUAUUAAGGUUAGUGAAUAAUAAAAUAAUGAAAUAUUUCCUUUUUUUUAAAUUUAUUCGUUGUAGUUUGGUAAUUUCUGUGUAAUAAUUGUUUUUAGAUAUUUGUUUAUGACUGAUUAUUUCCUGCAUAAUAGUUAUUUUGACCUCAGACGUGAAACUAUACUUUUUCACAUCCUAUCUCCUGAUUGGUUAUUAUAUUGCUAAUGUUAGUGUACUAACAUAUUGAUAAUAUAAUUAAGAUAUUUUUAUUCUUCUUCUUUUUUUCUCUUACUUUCAUUUCAACUAUUUAGAGUUGUCAGCUCUUGUUUUAAAUUUCCACUUGAUCCGAUCCCCCAUCUCUUGUACAUCAGCUAUCCUUUUAUCAUUCUCAAUUACAUACAACAACCUCCUUUUCAGUCUUCCUCUCUACAUUUCUCCUAUGGUUUUUCUUAUUUUCUCCUUGACAUGCCUAAACCAUCCAGGUCUAUUUUCUCCCAUUUUGUCGACUAUUAAAGCCACACUUAAGCUACCUAUUAUGUACUCAUCCCUUAUCAUAUCUCUCUUGUCACCUCAUUUUUCUACCUAAAUAUUCUCAUCUAUGCUAUAUUCAUUCUCUGUGCUAUUUUUCUGUUUACUGUCCAGCACUCCAAACCAUAUAACAUAGUUAGUAUUACUAUACUUCGGUAGAACAUAACUUUAAGUUUCAUUGGAAUUAUCUUGUCACUUAAAACUGUAUUCCUCCAAACUCAUAUUCUGUUUUACUUCUAAUUACCCUUAGUUUCUUUCUUUUAUGUGCUACUCCAUUUCUCAAGCUUAUUGUUAACUUAUUCCAGAUUUUUUUUUAUUAAAGUUAUAUUAUCUGUAAACAUACACUUAGUUACUUCCUUUCACCUGUUAUCUCCAUGUAUAUUUGUGAUAGGACAAUCCGCCAAUUUCAAUUACCACCUUAAAUAUAGGAUUUUGCAAAUAAUGUACUAUCCAUAUAGGGGGAACGGCCAUUUUUACUGACAAAAAUGACUUUACAGAAAUAGUGAUAACUCAUUGCCAAUUCAAUAUUUCCAUUAAAAAAAUUUUUUUAUGAUAACAACGUUCUACAAGCUUUUUCUGAAGUAAUAACCUAGAGUCCCUAUUUGUCUUACAAUUGUUGUACUACCAGAUAAAUAUUUAUUUUUGUCAUUGCAGUGUAACAUUUAAAAUGUCAGAUUAAGUAAUAUCUGAUACUUAAUACUCUAAAUAGCCAGUGCAUAUUAUUUCUUAAUAACCAACAUCUCAAUACACUAUGUAUGAUCCUAUUGUUAUUUAUUUAUUUUUAUGAAAUAUAGUGUAAAUAUUCCCAUUUUUACCCUAUAAUUAAGGAAACUACAAGAAAAAUCAAAAAAUGACCUCAUUGGUGCAGAAACUAGAUAAAAUUUGCUACCAUAAAUCUCCUGAAAAAGAGCAACAUAUCUGGUAGAAUUGCGGUUUUUAAUGAUAAAAACCGCAUUUUCAUUUAUAUAAAAAUGUACAUAUGCAUUGUGUUAAUGACAUUUUAACAAUUUAUUACAUUGAAUAAUAGAAGGUUGGAUCGAUAUUUAAACUUGAGGAUUUAUUCAGGAUCUCUUCUGGUUAAUAAAAUAUAUAUAUAUAUAUUUAUAUAUAAUAAUUUAAUCAUCUCUUCGUUGGCUUCAUUCAGUAUAAUAAUAUUGACUUACAGUGAUAGCAGUUCCUUGUUUAUUCUCUACUUUCAGUAGAUCAAUACAUAGAAAUGGGUUUAUUGAAAUAAGUUAAAUAGACUUUAUAGUGUUAUGUGUUAAAUAUGUAUUACUUAAUUUUUUAUGCUGAAGCCAUAUGCCAUAAAAAAAAAAAAUAAAUAUGUUAUUUUAUUUUCAUGUCUCAGUUUUAAUAAUUAUAAGAAAUUAAUAAUGAUGGCUUAAUUUACCAAUCAUAAAUACUCACUUACCCAUCAGGAAAAAUAAUACACUAGAAGUGAUGCUUGGGAGAUUAAAAACAAGGAAAUUUAAAACUUAAAAAUUUAAAUUUGGGAAAAAUAUUUUAUAAAAAAUACUGGGAAAAUAAUUACAAAUAAAAAUUAAAAGCUUGAAUGUAAUUCGAGUAAUUUGCAUUCUUUAGAUUCAGAGUGUAGCUAGGGAAUCGCCUUUUUUAUUUGUAGUCAGAUAAUCAAUUUUUUACUGUAUUAUAUUUUUCUAUCAGAAAUCUGUGUCCAAAUUUCAAGUAUUCAAGUAAUGCAUAUAUUUUCUGGAAGAACAUUUUGUCUAGUUUAUAAAAAAAAACGUAGAUAAAGUUAUGACAAAAGGGUUUUUUUUAAUUUUUUUUUUCAGUUAAAACUAUUGUAGAGACCUGUUUUUACAAAGCACUUAUAUUGACCUUUUUUAGGCAUGGUAAAAUGUUCAAAACAUUCAAUUUUUUUUAGACUAUUUAUAGGUAUUUUAUAUUUGGUAGGUAUCUGUUAUUGAAAUUGUAUGCUUUAAGAGAAAUGCUUAAAAAUUUAACACAAUAGUGAUUUAAAAAACAAAAUGUAGUAAUUUUUUUUUUAUUAUUGUGAGGCGUUUUAAGACCAAAUUUUUCACAAAUAUCUUAAUAAAUUACAGUAUUUCUAAGUAUGUCUUACCAGACUUCUUUCUAAAUUGUUUUUUGUUAGCAAUGGUUUAUAUUUGGGCACAGAUAAAUUAAAUAACUUUAUAUAUCCUACUUUUCCAACUUCUUAUCUAUAACAGUGGCUGUAUCCGUCCCCAGUAUCAGCUCUUUUUUUAUUUUACCUACUACCUAAUAGUUGGUCAGUUUUUGUUUUCUAAUAUAAUAUUUUUCCUGAGUAUAAUUUUUCUAGUAGAAAUGUAUGCUUAAAUAUCAAAUUCCUGUGUUUUGCACACCAACCUCAUAAAAAUUACUGUAUUUCUCAUACCUACAACUGUGGGGUCAUAAAUUAUUGUGUUUGAUAAUUUUUAAAAACCAACUAUCCUUACUUAGUGAUUUAAAAUGCUCGAGAAUAAUAUUUUAAAGAAUAUUCUCAGUGCACAGACUUUUUUGAGCGUUUGAAUUUCUUUUUUUUGCUUAUUCAUAUAUCAUUGAAAAUGUAACUGCAAUCUGCAAACUAUUGCAUUAAUUGUAAUGUAAUUUUUAUGUUAAUAUGCAUAACUUUAGUUUAUAAUUAUUAAGUAGUAAAAAGAAUAAUAAGAUAAAUAAAAUAUUUAUAUUACAGUAACAUAUAUUAAAUGAUGUAUCUAGAUCCUACCAGUCCUAGUUAUAUACAAAUACUGGGAUACAUAGACGACUCGUUUGUUUGGUAUGGUAGGUAUAAAAUAUUAUGUACUAUUAUAAUGUAGUAUACACACUAUUCAAUAUUAAAAGCAACUUUAUGUUAAUAAACCUAAUGUAUUUUUGAAUAAUAUUAUAUUAUUAAUUAUUUUAGAAACGGCCUAUCAAUAUAUGGUAUCAUAACAUCUUAUUACCAUUCAAUAUAUUUACAAAUUUACAAUAAUGUUUGUUGAUUAAAUUAAAAUAUGUUCAUUACAAAAUAUUAUUGCUGUUAAAAUGUCAAAUAGUAUUUUAAUAUCACAAUACACAAUAAAACAGUAUUGUUAUUUAGAAGGUAUAAAAUACUUUUUUAUGCAAAAAAAAAAAAAAAUUUCAAGAAUUGCUAACAAUACACUUGUACUCAAUAAUUUUUGAAACAUAUUGUUGUGCUCCGAAAUUUUUUCAAGAGAAUAUUCUCCACUCACAACAGUAUUAGUUUUUUUCCAGAAUAUCAGUUAAAGUUUUACCUUAACCUACAUUUUAUAAUAGUUAGAAUAUUACCUCUUUAAAAACUCUUAUUAUUAUUAUUAAAACUCUUAUUAUUCUUAAAAGUCUAAGUUAUAAUAAUUCAGAUUUACCUGUUAUGAGAUAAUUUAUCAGUUAUUUGACUUAUCAGAGGACAGGAAGUGAAAAUGGAUAGUUUCACAUGGUUCUGUAAUGGUAAAAACUGACUAUUUUUAUAUUAAAUGCUAUUUUUUUUUUUGGUAUUUAGCAAAUAUGAUCAAUAAUUAUGGUUGUAUUGUCAUUACUAUAGUAUCAUUUAAAUACUUCCAAGUUUUACACUUAUAUUUUUAAAUUUAUAUAAUUUUUAUAUCUUAUAGAAAAUAUUCUUUUUUACUCCCUUUUUAAACAAUUUUUUAUACUUUUUCAUCCCAACAUGAAUUACAAAGCAAAUAAAUGUUAUAAUUUUAUUUAUUUUAAUUAUAAAUAAAUAUUAAACAUUUUAUUUUUUUUUUAAAUAUGUUUACCUACAAUUAUAGGUAAAUUAUAGGAAUUAUUAGUAUUGAGCUAUUAGUUUUACGUUAAUGUUACGUUAUCCCCAUAACAUUGUACUACCCUAAGUCCAGCAGAAAUAGUGUUAAAAGUCAGGUACCAUGUAACUUAGUAAAGUUAUCUCUCAGCAAGCAAGAAAUUCUGGAUUUAUUCUUUGUCUGAUGGCCUAAAUUUUAGCACUAUUUUAUGGACGAGAACAAUCAUGUCAACCUGAUAAUAUAUAUACAUUUAUUUAAAAUGAAUUAUCUUAUAUAGUUUAUAUUUGUUUACAUUUGAUACAUAUUGUUAUUUUUCAUGCAUAGGUUAAGAAGAAUGAUGUCGAUUUUGGCUGGGGUGUUAUUGUGAAUUUUAAAUCGGUUUCUAAAAGUAAAUAUGAAGGUGGAGGCCUAGGUGAAGUAUUAUUGAAUGUGCUAUUGAAUUUAAAAAGUUCUGUUGAAAAAUCUGGCGAAGAACCAACACCUUGUCCUUCUAUAACAAUAGGAGAACCUGAAAUUGUUAAUAUUAAACAUAAUAUGGUUGAAUGUUUGAGUUCUUUACGAUUAAAUAGUAUGCCUUCUGAUAUGAAAUCCCGUGAUUCACGAAUGUUAUUAUACAAAAAUGUUCAAGUAAGUUAAUAAUACUUAAAAAAAAUAACAACAACUUAUAUUUUAAUUUAACUUAUGUUAACAACUUAACUGUUGUCAUGCUUUAAAAUAAAUAUACAUUUUUUGAACUUCUCAGGAAGUUAUAGAAAGAUGUUCAACUGAUAUUCCAUUAUUGGAUCCAAUUAAUGACAUGAAUAUUAAAGAUCAUGAGUUUGAUAAAAUAGUUGAACAAAUUGAAAAAUUUGAAGGUAGAUUAUUUGCUCAUCCAUUGAACGAAAAAGAAGAUAUUGAUAAUCUUUAUGAAGAAUAUCUGAAGAAAGAUAAAGUAUAAUAAUAUUAUUUCUUUUAAUAUAUUUGUAUUAAAUGAUUCUUAAAAAAAUUUAUAUCAGAUAGAUCAAGAGCUUUUAAAAUUUAAAAAUGAAUUAAAGAAAGCUAAAUCACUUAUGCAAAUGGAUGAUCUUAAGUGCCGUAAACGUAUACUGAGACGAAUGGGCUAUUGUACUGCGGGAGAAGUUAUAGAAACUAAAGGUCGUAUAGCAUGUGAAUUAAGCAGGUAAAUUUUAUUCGUAAUAUAUAUUUUAUUUAUAUAGUUAUUUUCUUACAUUUUAUUUAUUAGUGCUGAUGAAUUAUUAAUGACUGAAUUAAUGUUCAAUGGAGUUUUUAAUGAUUUAUCAGUACCCCAGACAGUGGCUUUGCUUAGUUGUUUCGUAUGUGAUGAAAAAAGUAAUGAAAUGCCUGCUAAGACUGCUGAAUUAGCAGGACCUUUAAGAAAAAUGCAGGUAUAUUUUUACUCAAGACUAUUAUUGAUUCUCUAGUCCUAAUAUUUUACAAGUAAUUACAUUUUCUUAUCAAUAAAUUAAUUUUAAGGAACUUGCAAGAAAAAUAGCUAAAGUUUGUAAAGAAGCUAAAUUAGAUAUUGAUGAAGAUUCUUAUGUUGAGGGCUUCAAGCCAUUUUUAAUGGAUGUUUGUUACGAAUGGUGUCGUGGUGCCUCAUUUUAUCAAAUAUGUCAAAUGACUGAUAUAUUUGAAGGUAAAUAUUAGUGAAAUAUUUUGAAUUAUUUGUAUUUAUUUGUGUGAGAUGUAUUUAUUAAUAUUAUUAAUAUUAUUGAUUAAUAUGAAUAAUUAUUAAACAAUUUUAGGAAGUAUUAUUAGAGCAAUGAGACGUUUAGAAGAAAUAUUGAGACAGUUAAUCCAAGCAUCAAAAAGUAUUGGUAAUACUGACCUUGAAAAUAAAUUUAGUGAAGCAAUUAAAAUAGUUAAACGAGAUAUUGUAUUUGCAGCUAGUCUUUAUUUAUAACUAUUAGUUGCAAAUAUUUUGAGACAACAUUAUUUAUCUAUGUUAAUGACCACUU